AUGCUAUAUAUGAGUACGUAAUGAAGUUCAAUCUGGUACCUACGUAUAACAAUCGCUUCUGGGGGGUGGCGCUCUGCUUUUUACUUCAUCUUCGCGACACUUCGAAUCUGUCUGUUUCUCUGAAUUUUGGAGCAACAAUCAACAUUCUAUGGGGUCUAUACUCGGUAAUUGGCCGUCAUACGACCCUCACAACUUCAGUCAGCUCCGACCUUCCGAUCCUUCUAGUCCCUCCAAAAUGACACCUGCUACUUACCAUCCAACUCACAGCAGGACCCUUCCACCACCUGAUCAAGUGAUAACUACUGAAGCAAAAAAUAUCCUUCUAAGACAUAUUUACCAGCAUGCUGAGGAGAAGUUGAAACCCAAACGAGCCGCAUCAGAUAAUCUUUCACCAGAGCAUGGAUGCAAGCAACCAAGGAUUUCUGCCUGAUCGUUCACACCGAGCAAACUUUUCAUGCCAGCCUCGUUACCUUGUUAAAUAUGUAUUUUUCAUUGUGCACAGAACAAGUUUUGCAUGUUUUCUAUUUGUAAACUACCUUGCCAGAUAUAUUUGGAAUAUGUAACUUGAAACAGGGUCUCGUAAUCCCUAUGGAAUAUAAUGUCAAUGAAAUGAUUGCCUAUGCUUUCUACGGAGCAUCUCCUGCAUUA